AUGCUAACCCUCCUCUCUCCCUUUGUGUCCCUGCAGUACCAGGUGGGUCAGCUGUACGCCGUAGCAGAGGCCAGUAAGAAUGAGACUGGAGGGGGAGAAGGAGUCGAGGUUUUAGCCAACGAGCCGUAUGAGAAGGAUGGGGAGAAGGGACAGUACACCCACAAGAUCUACCACCUGCACAGUAAAGUGCCGGGGAUCAUCAGGAAGCUCGCUCCCAAAGACUCUCUGGUGGUUCACGAGGAGGCGUGGAACGCAUACCCUUACUGUAAAACAGUCCUAACUAACGUCUACAUGAAAGACAAAUUCAGCAUCACCAUCGAGACGUGGCACAAGCCUGAUAUGGGCGACCAGGAAAAUGUAAGAUUCAAGUUUCAAAGCUUUAUUGUCAUGUCAGCAGCUGCAGUGUAG